GGCCUCAUUGACCAGCGCCAAUAUGAUGCCAUCCUCUUGGUGGAGACGCAUGCUGGCCCAGAACAUUCAGAUGACCUCUUGCGGCACUGGAGCAAGAACGGCUACAAAGCGGUUUGUACCCCAGCUCUGCCCACGGACAGAACAGCUCUUUCAGGAGGUGCAGUGCUUGGGUUCAAGAACACGUUCAUGACUUCCUCAUUCAGGCACCUGGCCCUGAAUCAGGCCCAGCAGGUUGGCAUGCGAGACCUCUCAUCCACCAAGGGAAACAUCGAUUUCUUUGACUUUGUCCCUGUGGUCUGGCACAUCCAUGGGGUCUCUCUUUGUCUGGUCUCGGCAUAUUUGACUUCCAGCAUAGGCCUGAAAGGGGUUAACCUGCAGAAGCUGGCCAUUCUCGGGGGUUUCAUCAAAAGUCUGGACAUCCCGUGGGCCAGUUUCGCUGAUUGGAACGUUCCUCCCUCUACUCUCAUGCAGUCGGGCUGGCCCGCGAUGCUGGGAGGCGUCCCCGUCGUUCCCACGGACGUGGACUACACUUGCACUAUUGGGUCAGGCGCUAUGUUGGACUAUGGCAUUGUCUCUCCCCACGCUCGGCUGCUUAUUUCCAGCUUGACCGCUGACACGUCUGUGGUGGUGGCCCGCAACUCUGUUGCUGGCAAAGCCCACUUCGGCCUCAAGAUUGACAUUCGA